GGCAGCCGAGCCGGGCGCACGGCGGGCUGGUGGUGCGCGACGAGCGACGCCGAGAAGCCCGGGCAGCGGGGCCGCGGUGGCCGCCGGCCGGAUCGGCGCGGCCAUGGGCCGAGGGGUGCGCGUGCUGCUGCUGCUGAGCCUGCUGCACUGGGCCGGGGGCAGCGAGGGCAGGAAGACCUGGCGGCGCCGCAGCCAGCAGCCGGCCCCGCAGCCGCCCCCGCAGCCGUCCCCGCAGCGGGCCGAGGCAGCGCCCGCGGCCGGACCGCCGGUGGAGAGCUUCCCGCUGGACUUCACGGCCGUGGAGGGCAACAUGGACAGCUUCAUGGCGCAGGUCAAGAGCCUGGCGCAGUCCCUGUACCCCUGCUCCGCGCAGCAGCUCGACGAGGAGCUGCAUCUGCACCUUCUGCUCAACACGUCGGUGACUUGCAAUGACGGCAGCCCCGCCGGCUACUACCUGAAAGAAUCCAAGGGCAGUCGGCGGUGGCUCCUCUUCCUGGAAGGCGGCUGGUACUGCUUCAACCGGGAGAACUGCGACUCCCGCUACAACACCAUGAGGCGCCUCAUGAGCUCCAGCGACUGGCCGAGCACCCGCACAGGCACGGGGAUCCUGUCCUCCCAGCCAGAGGAAAACCCGCACUGGUGGAAUGCCAACAUGGUCUUCAUCCCCUACUGCUCCAGCGACGUCUGGAGUGGGGCUUCGCCCAAGUCCGACAAGAAUGGAUACGCCUUCAUGGGCACCCUCAUCAUCCAGGAGGUGGUGCGAGAGCUGCUGGGCAAGGGGCUGAGCGGGGCCAAGGUGCUGCUGCUGGCAGGCAGCAGCGCGGGGGGCAUCGGGGUGCUGCUGAACGUGGACCGCGUGGCUGAGCAGCUGCAGGAGCUGGGCUACCCGGCCAUCCAGGUGCGGGGCCUGGCCGACUCGGGUUGGUUCCUGGACAACAAGCAGUACCGCCGCACAGGCUGCAUGGACAUCCUCACCUGCGCACCCACGGAGGCCAUCCGCAGAGGCAUCAGGUACUGGAACGGCUUGGUCCCGGAGCGCUGCCGGCGCCAGUUCAAGGAGGGCGAGGAGUGGAACUGCUUCUUUGGCUACAAGAUCUACCCGACGCUGCGCUGCCCGGUGUUCGUGGUGCAGUGGCUGUUUGACGAGGCCCAGCUGACCGUGGACAACGUGCACCUCACGGGGCAGCCGGUGCAGGAGGGCCAGUGGCUGUACAUCCAGAACGUGGGCCGGGAGCUGCGGCACACGCUCAAGGACGUGUCGGCCAGCUUCGCCCCUGCCUGCCUCUCCCACGAGAUCAUCCUCAACAGCCACUGGACGGAUAUCCAGGUGAAGGGGACCUCGCUGCCGCGGGCCCUCCACUGCUGGGACAGAAGCCUCCAGGACAGCCACAAGGCCAGCAAGGCCCCUCUGAAGGGCUGCCCGGUCCACCUGGUGGACAGCUGCUCCUGGCCGCACUGCAACCCGUCUUGCCCCACCAUCCGGGAUCAUUUCACGGGGCAGGAGAUGAGUGUGGCCCAGUUCCUCCUGCACCUGGGCUUCGACGUGCACACCGUGGCGCAGCAGCAGGGCCUGGAGCCGGGCAGGCUACUUGGGAUGCUGAGCAGCGGGAGCUAGGCCGCCCGCCACCCUCCUGUCCUCCUGGGAUGGCCCAGCCCGGGCUGGCAGCGCCCACGCCCGGUCUGGAUGCCCGCCCCCAGCAGCCUUCACUGCCCCUCCACCACCUCUGACAAGAGGCCUAGCCGCAGGCAGCGGCCUCGGGGACCCCCCCCCCCCGCCAGCCUCGCCCGCCUGCAGCCCGCAGCGGGGAGCCAGAGCACUGGAUUCCUCAGCACCCCGCACCCCAGCCCCCAGCCAGCCCUGGCCUCUCCUGCCCUCUCAUAUUAUUUUAUAAAGUGACUCUUUUAUUACUUUAAUUUUUUAAAGGAAAAUAAGCAAGAAAUAUAUGACGAAUGAUAUUGUUUUGUAACAUAUAUUUUUAAAUAAUGAAAAUCAAGACGACAAAAGAACU